AUGCUCAAGCAGCAGAACGGAGGAGGUGGCUCGAGCCAGACUCUCCAAACCAAAAAAACAUCCACCUUUACACCAACCGAUCAGAGAGAAUUGUACAGAGAUGCCGUCAAACAACAAUCAUCAAAUCCUUUCAAAUUGGAACGAGUGAUUAAUUAUGAUAACAUGUUUACUGGACCCAAUAAUGGUUUACAUCCAGCGUACGGAUUUCGUUUCGGAGCUUCCCACAACUACAAUCCGAAUUAUUUCCCUCCCAAAUCAUUUGUAAAGAGUGGACGAAAUGAACCUCAUAUUGAGAGUACGAUAUCGGGCCCAGAUCGUUAUAAAUUCUUUCAUAGGCCAGUGAUUGGUCCCAUGAGAGAGGAGGAAUUUUUGAGCAUGCCCAUGAAUGAAAAACAUACAGUCUACAUUACAGAAAAACCACUCAAAAACGAAAAUUCCAUGUUGAACGAUGGAAGUUUUGGUGACGAGGACAAUGAUGAAGACCUUACUCGUGGAAUGCCACAAACUCGAGAGGUCGGCACUCAAUCCAUAUACAGAGAAAGUGAGGCUCAAACCAUGCCUUAUUUUCCAGAGGUAAAGUCACGUUCCAAGAAUAAAAUGGCUGAGAAUGGUGGAAUCGAGAAGGAUCAUGCAACAAUUCACGAAAAAGAUCUUCCCGAUUACAUGAAAAUGGAUUCUCUAUUUUUUGAGGACGGCAGACAAGGAGGCCAAAUUACUGAAGAUCACAUAAAAAUUGUAGACAGAACACGACGAAGAAAACAAGUAGAGGAUCAGAUCAAGAAUAUUGGGCCCAACGUGGGGGAAGACGAGUUUAAGAGGCGAGUGCAAAUGUUAAAAGAAUUGGAAAUGAUUGAAUGGAAGGAGAGAGAGGAAGAAAUUGCUCAAAUGCAAGAUCGACAAAUUGAGCACGUGAGGGCAAAGCUCGAAGUUCGCGAACAAAUACGAGAAAUGAAAAGUGCAUCCAAACUCGAGAAACGAAUUCAGAAAAUCAAACAAGACGCUGAAGAGAAGCUGAAACAGCUUGAAAAGAAGAAGCGUAAACACAUUCGAAGAACGAUCAAAAAGUAUGACAAUCCAGAGAACAAAUUGGAGAGGCGAGACAUUUUGUUUGAAUACGCUUUCCCUGCCUCCAAAACCUAUGCACCAUUAUUAAGAGACGGUCAAGUCUCAGCCCUUAACACAAUUGCCUAUGAGAUUAGACCUGCUCUUCUCACUGAUCCUCUUGGUGUGGAAGAGGUUCAAAUGAAUCAAGUGAACAAAUUCCUCAUUAAAGAGAGCAAGUACAUGGAUAAGGCUCUUCCAAUCAAGGACAAGACAGGAUCUGUCAUUGUUGAACCUUCCAAAACUAUUUCAAAUGUGGAUCGGGUUGAGAAGGUGGUGAAGGAACAUUUACAACUAGCCAUUCAUGAUCUAGAAAAGUCCAAGACUGUGAAUGAUGUUCAAGAUAGAGUGAAACAAGUCAAAGACAUGUACAAAUCAACACCGCGUAUUGUUAGGCCUCCGACACCAACAUUGGAAAUCUUCGAAGAAGCGGAGACAGACGUUGUGGCUGAUGACAUUGAAAAUGCAGUUGUAUUUAUUCAGAAAUUACUCAGAGGUCGGUCCGCCCAAGAAGAAUUUUACGAAGGCAAAGAGCGUAGCAUUGAGCUCAUCAAAGAGCUUCAAGCUGUGGAGGAAAUUAAACAAAAGGAACGAGAAAAGGCCAAGUCACAAGUUUUCAAGGAACAAAAGAGACGACAAAACAUGGACCAAACUCGAGAAAUUGUCAUGGAAAAUUUACAAGGCAAGCUGAUCAGUAAUGCACUUGAUUUCUUGUCAAAAGAGCUCAUAAGACAAGAAGAGUUGAAACGAGUGAAGCAAUUGGUAGAAUUUGCAGAAAAGGAACGAAGUCAACGGGAGCAAGAGGAAUCUAAAAGAAGGCAAGCAGAGGAAGAAGAGCGUCAUAGAAGAGAACAGCUUCAAGCGGAAACCAUUCAAAUUCACAAUGAUACUGUGUCGACGUUCUUGCAAGAACUUUUCAAUUCAUGCUCGGUGAAACUUGCAGAAAGACAAGCUCACCAAGAUGUCCUACGCGAACGUUUGUCAGAGCAAGCACAACGAGAAAGAAAUGUUGUAACACCAGAGGAAGGUCACAUUAAGGAUUUGGUACGAUCGUUCUUAUUGCCUCAAGUGAAGCGAGAGAUGUUGAAGAAGAAGAUUGACACCAACCAAAGCAAAUAUUUACAUGCUUCUCAUUCGUCUCUGUUUAACGUCCUUGUAAGCAAUGUUGAUACAGCUGAAGAGAUUCAUGAAUAA